AGAACCACAUGUGCAGAUUAAUCCACCCUCAGCAGUGAUGUAGCCUGCCGUAUACACAGUAACCUUGGGAAGUAAGACUCAUCAGUAUACACUUUUUAUCUUUCGGUUUCAUGAAAGACGAGAGACCGUGUCUCGUUAUAUUCUUAUGCAUUGACUCAUCUUGAGUCAUUUCUGAUUUAUUUAUAUUUAUUGUCCUUUUUGGUUUUAUUAUAAAAUUUUAAAUGUCUACUGGAUUAGAAGAAAUGGAUAUGAAGUCUAUUUUAGCCGGAGGUCGAAAUGUUUUGUGCUUGUUUGACGUGGACGGAACGCUGACAAACCCGAGAGAGAAGAUCGACCCUGAGCUGGACCAGUUCUUCCAGUCCUUGAGAAAGAAGGUGAAGAUCGGCGUGGUGGGUGGAUCAGAUUAUUCCAAAAUCGCAGAACAGCUCGGAGAAGGAGAUGAAGUCAUACACAAGUUUGACUACAUCUUCGCCGAAAAUGGAACCGUGCAAUACAAAGAGGGCAAACUCAUCUCCAAACAGGCCAUUCAGAAUCAUCUGGGCGAGGAGUUACUGCAGGACCUCAUCAACUUCUGUCUCAGCUACAUGGGGCUCAUCAAGCUGCCCAAGAAACGAGGGACGUUCAUUGAGUUUCGUAAUGGCAUGAUCAACAUCUCGCCCAUCGGACGCAGCUGCACGCUAGAAGAGCGAAUCGAGUUCUCUGAGAUCGACAAGAGAGAGAAGAUACGAGAGAAGUUUGUGGCGGCUCUGCAAGAAGAGUUUGCAGGAAAAGGUCUGCGGUUCACCAGAGGGGGUUUGAUCAGUUUCGACAUCUUCCCGGAGGGCUGGGACAAACGCCUCUGUCUGGACGUGCUGGAGCAGGAAGGAUGGGACACCAUCUUCUUUUUCGGCAAUGAAACUUCAUUGGGUGGAAAUGACUACGAGAUCUUCGAGGACCCUCGUACCAUUGGUUUCACCGUCCGCUCCCCUGAAGACACGGCGAGGCUCUGCAGGGAGAUGUUCUUCAGCACUCCGCCCAACGAGUCGUGACACUGGACAGCUGACUCCUGCGCCCACUGCUGGUCACUGUGGGCAAACACAGGCAGAUCAACCCAAACCACACCUCUGCUGAUCUGCAGACCGAAGGGACUGCACGGAAACAGCUCUUACAGAGCCCCAUCGGAUUUAAUGUUCAAAUAUUACUUGUACAUAGAAAGAUUUCCCCUCGUUUCAUAGUAAAAAAAAGUGUUUUACUGUGGCCACGUUCACACUGCAACAUUUCCGCAGUGACAACAAUCCUCUGAAUGAUGAAAGAAUACAGGACUGCUUGACAUCUCAAAACUGUAAACCAGGUGCUUUAAUGGUGCUUUACAUAUUUAAAGGAAUUACGCGAUUUAAAGGAAUCUAAGGGAAGAAUGAAAACUUAGAUUUACAAUAUAUUGCAAAAUAAUGCAUUUAAAACGUUUUAUUUUAAAGUAUUCUCUCAUCCACUCAACAGAACUGCUCGUUGUCAUAUGGGCUAUAACAAAACACAUUUUGAUUUCUUUAAAACGGUGAAAUCUGACAAAACGUUGAGUAGUUUGAAUACGUGCUUAUUACUGUCGGUCAGUAAUUUUUCAGCUGUUAAAACGAUAAAGCCCGCCUCAUUUGAUAUGAUUGGUCAUCUCAAUCAUUUGAGUGUUCAUAAGCAGACCAUAAAUCAACAAAAGGAUGACAAAACAUAAUAAUAAACAGAGCAAUACACUUUUGUCAUCCUAAUAAUAAACAGAGCAAUAGAGAGCAGCUGAGCAGAAUAUCUGGAGAAUAUAACAUAAUGAAUCAGAUGUGUCUGGUUAAUUGCAGUCCUGUUUUGUGAGAUACUGAAGACACGCACCAGUUUCUGUGGUUUUCUGGCACCUCAGAUAAGCCAGCGUUGUUCAAAAGGAGUCACUCAGGACGUCAAGUUGGCUCCAGAUAUUUAUCAUGCUAGACAUUGAUUCAUCAGCGAGCCUCUUUGAGGCAGUAGUUCACUCAUUAAGACUUGACGAAACGCUGAUCAUCCGCUAGUUUUCUGUGAGUGAUCUAAUAACUUGCUGUAAUCCUGUAGUGUGAACGUGGCUUUAGUAAACCCCAUCAGACAUCAGAAGUGACAUCAGAAGUGACAUCAGAAGUGACAUCAGGAGUGACAUGUGAUGAAACGAGUGAUCACUUCUGUCUGUUCCACGCUUCAGUUUUGUUAUGGUCUCGUGAUCUUAUUUGAAAUGUUUGUGAGUAGGUGAAUGUGCUUCUGAUCUCGGAUUGACUCUGAGAUAUUUACAAGAUGAUGAAAAUGAAAAAUCUGCGUAUUUAUGAAUGAAUGACCGCCCGAAUUGAUCAAAUCUGAUCUAACGCCAACUAAUAGUUGAUCUGUUUGUGGAAUCGCUCUUUUAAUGUGGUUAAGAUUACGAAUCAGUUUAGAUGUGAUAUUAUCAUUCCUGAGAGAAUCCAGCAUCGCUGAAACACCAGGUUGAUUUCCGGGGCAUUUAUUAUGACCUUCCUUACGUUGAGCGUUUGUUAAUCGGACAUCAGUGUUUCUAAUUCAGGAUCCGUCGUGUGUUUGAGCGUGUGCUGUGAAUGUUAAUAUAUCGUUGCUUCAUGUCUGAUUGCAUAAAUGCACUUUAACUUGAAUUGAUUCAUAUCAUAAAAUUACACUAAUGAUGUAAACGGUGCUGGAUUUAAGAAAUUAGGUGACCUUAAUUCUUUUAAACAAACUCAUUUAGUGAGGAUCUUUAUCUUUUAAUUUGUUACAUUUUAAAGUUUUAACACUCCUGAAGAAAGGAAAAACUGAAAAAGUAAUAGGAUUUUCGUGGUUCAAAAAUACAGCCUAAACAUGUGAAAUGCAAA